AUGACCAGGAAUUUUCCGUCUGGAAGGUCCACAACUGAAUGUGUUGCACACAGGCUGCCUCAUGAUUUAGUUGGCACAAUAUUCGAGAUAUCGCAGUAUAUUUUCAUAAAGGAAACUACUCAAAAGGUUGCUGGAAACUGUUCGACAGCCCACGACCGGUUUCACCCUUCUUUGAAGCUCAUCAGCGACGAGCAGUCCCCGAGUUUUCGUCAACCUAUAAACGAGAGAUUCAGUUUAGUCUCUCAUGAAAACCAAACUGAUUUGCAAAUUAGUGCCGUUUCACACGACGAGAACAUGCUGUCACUCAACGUCAGUCAGCCUGACAUGGAAACUCAUGACAACAAAACUGACUCAAAAGAAACUACUCACGAGGUUGCUGAAAACUCUUCGACAGCCCAUGACUGGUUUCGCCCUUCUUCAUCAUCAUCAGGUAGGCUCAGUCCCCAAGUUUCCGUCAACCUCAUGUCCUACUUGAACCCGAAGUGA